UGAUUCCUCUCCCAUUCCCAUCACCAAAUCAACAACAACACACUAGACAAUUUUCCAAUUCAAUUAUCGAUUCCCCUACUCACAAAAAUUAACAUGCAAUCCAUUUCUUUGUUCAAUUCCUCACCAAUAUUAUUCCAUCCAUUUUCACCAUCUAGGCCAUGUUCUAAUGGCAAGAAAAUGAAUUCGUUUGCUCCAACUAAGGCUUCCAUGAGAGGAUCAGCGGAUCAGAACUUCAGUGGAAGGUUGGUGGAUGAGAGCAUGAUAAUACUGAGGAAGAGGAUCCAUGAGAUGAACAUGAUAGAGAGGAACUAUGAGCCUCCUUCAGAUUGGAUGGAUUGGGAGAAGCGCUAUUAUAACAAGUAUGACUCCAUCAUAUGUGAAGCAGUGGGAGUUUUGCAGUCCCAAUUGAUGAACACCAGGCCAAGUUUGGCUCUUGGGGCCAUGGCUUUGGUUGCAAUCAGUGUUCCAACUUCUUCUGCUGUGCUUUUGUUUCAUUUGGUUGAAUUGGCCAAGGUUGUUUUGGCUGGGGCUCAUCUUGGCUAGCUAGACUAGAAUAUUGUUCAUUAGAUGCUUUGAAUUUGGUUUGGUAUUUGGAAAAACCAUUCAAUUCUUUUGAAUUAUACAUAGAGCAUAUAGAAUUUUAAUUGAUUGGAAUUUGGAACCACUAUCUGAUCUGUUAGAUUUGAGGAUGGAUGGGGAUAGAUAAGUUUAUUCAUAAGUAGUGCAAUUGUUUGACAUUUGUGACCCAUACAACUCAUGUAAUUAAAUGCUAUGAUUUGACCCACUUUAUAUAAUGAGUUGCUUUUACUUGAAGAA